ACCGGCACCUUCGUCAUGGCCAUUGGCUUCGUGGGCUGCAUCGGGGCCAUCAAGGAGAACAAGUGCCUGCUGCUCACCUUCUCAUUGUUGCUGGUGGUCUGGAUGAGGGAGGCAGGGCUGGCCGUGGGGAUGGCCCUGCUGACCCCGCUGCACCUGCAGAUCGACAGGUACGCCCAGCGAGACCUUAAGAAGGGUCUGCACCUGUAUGGCACCCCAGGAAACGUGGGCCUCACUAAUGCCUGGAGCAUCAUCCAGACCGAUUUCCGCUGCUGUGGGGUCUCCAACUACACCGACUGGUUCGAGGUCUAUAAUGCCACCCGUGUGCCCGACUCCUGCUGCCUGGAGUUCAGUGACAGCUGUGGACUCCACGCACCUGGCACCUGGUGGAAGGCGCCGUGUUACGAGACUGUGAAGAUGUGGCUCCAGGAGAACCUCCUGGCUGUGGGUAUCUUCGGGCUGUGCACGGCACUGGUACAGAUCCUGGGUCUGACCUUCGCCAUGACCAUGUACUGCCAGGUGGUGAAGGCUGAUACCUACUGUGCGUAG